CAUUGGACUCCCUUCUCGUGAUUACCAUUCUAAAGUUGAUGUGCCUUCUCUCGAAGUAAGCUGUCAUGCUCAUCGCGAACCUGUAAAGUUUCUACUCUCCUUGCGGGGCUCAGGGCUCUGUCUUUCGGACUUCGAAGGUCGUGUUCGUCCCGUAUCUUCAGGUUCUUCUUCCUGUACACUCCUCUCAGCGAAUGUUCCCAAGUCUCCUGCCCUUUAUUAUCCCUCGAUUCCAUCCCAUCCUUCUACCUUUCUCCCAUCCUUGCCAUUAAGGUCAGAUUCGAUACCUGCAGCUGUAGGCGUGCCGCCUGAAUCAUCUAUGAUCAAUGCAGCUACUUCCUCAGUCAGCCAAACAUCUUAUUUUCCGAAUUAUGCUCGUAGACGGCCUGGAGUAAUCGUUUUAUCGGCUGGCCGCAGCUACACUUAUUGGAGGGACAAAGAACUAUGUUAG